AUGGCUAAUCACCAAGCCAGAAUGUCCAUGUACUCGGUGGCUUCCGAUUCAAUGGGAGGUCCCCGAGGUGCUGGACAACAAUCUUCUCAAGUUUCGACGACUACCCUCUUAAACGAUAUUCACAACAUCUACCUAUCGUCUCAACCUUAUCGACUAGACGCAGGCACAAGCCUCGUGGUUAACACAUGGCUUACCGCAACCCAAAUGGGGCCGGAUGGUAGGACGGGAGGAACCGUAGACUCUGCUUUGGCCGCUCGAGCUUGGGAACAUGCCAGGCGCCGGGCAGAAGAUGGCUGCAUCAUCUUAGGAUGUCUCCAUCAAUCAACACCUUCACUAUUAAACCCGUUUCUAUCGUCCUUACCCUUGGCCGUCCCCUCGUCUUUAUUCACUGCCCUCGAAGUCAUAAAGCCAUUCAUCCGAUGUGUAACGCCAUACAACCCAUCGACGCCGCGGCAAUCUGCUCUUGGAGUGACCCUCACUCUGAAUCUGUCAGGGAACUUGACUGCCGCUAGUUUAGCGCUGUCACAAGGUGGUAUCGACACCGUCAAGGGGCUACUCGAUAUACCUGCCGAGGCUGGCUAUCGUGCGUUCGACGUCUUUUACUACCUAUUAACAUCCGCCUCGACGCCCGCCGAACGUGAGUUUUUGGGUCUUAAAUCAGCCUCGACCUAUGCAUUGCUAGCCAAAUCCGGCACUUACAGCCCACCCUCAUAUCUCCCCACAGCUGAUGAUGCGGCUGCUGCCGAUGAUUUCCGAACUGCCCUUAAAGAAAUUGGAAUUAAGGGCGCAGCUCACCGAAAUUUCAUCUCGACUCUCGCUGGCCUUCUCAAGCUUGGUAAUACCUUGGACUAUAAUGUCGAUGACGAUGUUCUUGAUGACGUUUGCGAGGAUGUCGGCGGGCUGCUUGGUCUUGACCCCGAAGUUCUUGCAAGACAAUGCUCGACGGAUGAUAGACGAACUCUAGUUGGUGGACUGUAUGAGGCGUUAGUGGAUUGGGUAGUUACGAAGGCAAAUGAGACCAUUGCGCUGCAGAUGUCUCGCAUUCGUGAUGGCCAAGAAUCGCUUGACGGGCGUAACUCACCACCAUCGGCUGAAGAUAACGGUGAUACCGUUUGUAUUACUGUUGUCGAAAUCCCGGAUGCGAACCUUGGGAAAGCUAUCGCGAUGCGUGGCAUCUUCGACGACUCAUUGGGUAUCAACGCUGAAAUGAAAGAGGACGGAGUUAAUGCUAUGGGUGUGGGGAGUUCAGUUCUUCGAGAAAUGCAAAACAGCGUUGCCGAUGUUGCACCAGAUCUAGGCAUCAUGAACGGCCCGGUAGCACGAGCAAGGCAGCACGAACUUGAAAAGCGGGAAGAAAUUCUCGAAAAGGCCGGCUUUGCUGGCGACGAUGAUGGCUUCCUGAAGAAGCUCCUUUUCCCCGUCCCAGGUCGAGGUAUCAAUCUAGGCCAAAAUGCACGAAUGGAUCUCCCCGCAGUUUUAAGUGCCAGCCGUGUGUGGUACCAUCUAUCACUUCAUCCGACCGAUGAGACACCAGCCAGUCUAGCAGCUCUACCUUCGAUCACAUCUGCUUGGUCAGCUGGCACAGUAUCUCGCCAACUCCGUGCUUGGAGAUUACCUGAAUGGGCUAAUCGCCGCAACAAGAAUCUGGAUUUCACGGCGGAUUUUGACUUGGAUGAAUUUACCCAACGUUUCAGUCCCCUGGGUUGCAGGGAAGGCCGGGAUGGUAUCGAGACUUGGAUUCUUGAGAGAGGAUGGAGUAACGGCGAAGUUGUUAUAGGCAAGGAGAGGGUUUGGAUGCGAGAGACUGCUUGGUGGGAAGCUGAGAGCAUGCUCGACCUGAAGCCGCCCCAAGACAAUAUGCCUAUGGGGAAUAUUGUAAAUCCAUUCAAUACCCCUGGCCUCGAAACAGGUUUCUCCAAUGGGAGCGGGUUCUUCCCUCCCCAGAUUCCUGACCAUCACUCUGACGGCAGCCGAGAUCAACUUAUGAUGAACCACCAGCGCAAUCAGAGCCAGCUCACGUUUGCUCAAAGUCAGAUGAGGGCUCCUUCAGUCGUGCCCUCUGCUAUGCGUAAUGUUACCACCGGUGACUACGGUCUGGGCAGCAAGGGUGAUCAGCACCGUGACCAAGUAUUCUAUAAUGCCGAUGGCGAAAUCAUCAACAGUCUUGACCCAAUGGAUGCACAGGGGAAGCAUGUUGAGACAAGUGAUACUACCCUCACUCGUCGUAUUUGGGUCGGCUUUGUCUGGGCUUUGACCUUCUGGAUUCCUUCUUUCUUGCUCCGAUACGUUGGACGAAUGAAGCGACCCGAUGUUCGCAUGGCUUGGAGAGAGAAAUUUGUCCUGGUCUUCAUCAUCUUCUUACUCAACGCUUUCAUUGUAUUCUGGAUUGUCGCCUUGGGCACACUUAUCUGUCCCAAUUUCGAUAAGGCAUGGCUUCAAAGUGAAGUUAGCUAUCAUGAAGGCGCCGAUGAUUUCUGGGUCAGUAUCCACGGAAGAGUCUACGAUAUCACGAACUUCUGGCGGCUGCAACACAGUGACACCAACAUUGAGACGACCAAUGAUCUCAUGCAACAAUUUGCCGGCAUGAACUUGGAUGAGUACUUUGUGGCUCCUCUUCCGCUCACCUGCCCUGGCUUGGGUGUCCCCGAAACCAUACAACUACAGAAGAACGACACUCCUACGCUGCCGCAGGGUAUACAUACUUCCGGAUACUUCCAAGCUGAUCAAUCAUCCAAGCUAAGAAGUGCUACCUGGUACAGGGAUACCUUCCAGCCAAAGAUCAAGGAAUACUACCACGGAGACUUGGUCUGGGAUCUGAACAAUGUGCGAGACGAUGGUAAAAACAACAACCACAUGUGGGUUACUUAUGAAGAUAAUAUUUAUGAUCUUACGGACUACUUCACUACCAUUGACUACUACAAGAACCUUGCUCAGUACAAUUUCUUGGAUACUGAUAUGAUUGAUGCGAUUAAGGACAACCCAGGAGGUGAUGUCACCAGUACUUGGAAUAAUCAAAUUUCCUCCGCUCAAGGAAACAAAACUGCCCUCGCUUUGAAAUUGAACAGUCUCAACUGUAUCAAGGAGACAUUUUACGUCGGUAUUCCCGACUUCCGGCAGUCAGCUAGAUGCCAAGCCAACAACUAUAUCCUCCUCGCCUUCGCCAUUGUCAUCUGCGCAGUUAUUCUCAUCAAGUUCCUUUCAGCCCUGCAAUUUGGCUCUAAACGGCGUCCCGCUCCUCAGGAUAAGUUCGUUAUCUGCCAAGUCCCAGCGUAUACCGAAGGAGAAGAUUCUUUGCGGAAGGCAUUGGAUUCUCUUACAGCACUGCAGUAUGACAAUAAGAGGAAGCUUAUCUGUGUUAUCUGUGACGGUGUCAUCGUCGGUGAAGGCAAUGACCGACCUACCCCAAAGAUUGUUUUGGAUAUCCUUGGAGUUGAUCCUAAAGUUGAUCCUCCGGCCUUGCCUUUCAAGUCUGUUGGUACCGGUAGUGAGCAACUUAACUACGGCAAGGUCUAUUCCGGUCUCUAUGAGUAUGAGGGCAAUGUCGUUCCUUACAUCGUUGUGGUCAAAGUGGGCAAGGAAUCUGAGCAGUCUAAGGCUAAGCCUGGUAACCGUGGUAAGCGUGACUCACAGAUUUUGGCAAUGAGUUUCUUGAACCGCGUUCACCACCGUUCUCCGAUGAAUCCCCUUGAACUCGAGAUGUUCCAUCAAAUCAAUAACAUUAUUGGUGUCGACCCUGAACUUUACGAAUACCUUUUGAUGAUCGAUGCCGAUACUUGCGUCCGAGAGGAUUCUCUUAACCGUCUUGUUGCUGCUUGUGCCAACAACUCGAAGAUCGCCGGUAUCUGCGGUGAGACGGGUCUACAGAAUGAAGAACGGUCUUGGUGGAGUAUGAUCCAAGUCUACGAGUACUACAUCUCUCACCACUUGGCGAAGGCUUUUGAAUCCCUUUUCGGCAGUGUUACUUGUCUCCCUGGAUGUUUCUCAAUGUACCGAUUGCGCACUGCGGAUAGAGGCAAGCCUUUGAUUAUUUCCGACGACGUCAUUAGGGAGUACAGUAUUUGCAACGUCGACACUCUCCACAAGAAGAACCUUCUAGCCCUUGGUGAGGAUCGAUAUCUCACUACCUUGAUGACGAAACAUUUCCCUCGCAUGUCGUACAAGUUUAUUCCUGACGCAUACUGCCAAACCGCUGCUCCUGAGAAAUGGAGUGUGCUUCUUUCUCAGCGACGUCGGUGGAUCAACUCAACUCUUCACAAUUUAGCUGAGUUGAUUAUGCUCAAGGACAUGUGCGGUUUUUGUUGUUUCUCAAUGCGUUUCAUCGUUUUCAUUGAUCUUACUGGAACGGUCAUCCUUCCGGCCACUUGCGUUUACUUGGGUUACCUGAUUUACCGAAUUGCCUCUCACACUGGCCCGCUCCCAGUCGUUUCUAUUGCUAUGAUAGCUGCAGUUUAUGGUCUCCAGGCUCUAAUUUUCAUUCUCAAGCGCCAAUGGCAACACGUCGGAUGGAUGAUUAUCUACCUCAUCGCCUUCCCUGUUUACUCCUUUAUUCUUCCCAUCUACUCGUUCUGGAACCAAGACAACUUUACCUGGGGUAACACACGUAUCGUUAUCGGUGAAAAGGGUAGUAAGCAAGUUGUUGCAGUGGAUGACGAGGGUUUCGACCCACGAUCCAUUCCCCUACAACGUUGGGAUGAUUAUGCUACAAUGAACAAUCUGCCUGGACGUCGCGGACUUCAAAGCGAGAAAAUUCAUGAUGUAUACGAUGACACAUACGAGAUGGACGACAUGAAGUCGGUCUACUCUUCAGUCCGACAACCUUCCGUCCUUACCGGCCUUCAAGGUCGUGGUGGAUUCAUGCCACCUCAAUCCCCUGCUCCCUUCCAGAACAUGUCCCGUCAGUCUACCUAUGGUCCAUACACCGACAACCCAAUCCACCGGCAAUCCACCGCUUCGUUCGGAGACAUUCAGCGCAUGCAAUCGCCUUACCAAGAUUCACCCAUUCAUAGACCAAGCAUGACCAACCUUCGUGCUGUAUCUAAUAAUUCACCACAUGAUAUGCAUCGCGUUUCCAAUAUGACUCUUGGUUAUGGUGGUGGCGCCCGACCACCUCUAGGUCAAGGCCACCAGUCCACAACCUCUUUCGACUUCCAACGGGGGCACCUAGGACCCGAUGACGGCAUGAUCAUCGAGGCAAUUCAAUCCGUACUCCGAGAAGUCGACCUUGACACAGUAACUAAGAAACAAGUGCGCGCCCUGGUCGAACAACGGUUGCAAACAGAGUUGUCAGGCGAAAGGAAGUCAUUCCUAGAUCGUCAAAUCGACAACGAAUUGGCUAAUAUGUAG